AUGGCGACCAAAAUCACCGGCGUUUUCAUCCUCAUACUCACGAUCACCUUCUCCUCCUCCUCCGCCGUAACCGCGACGCAGCAAGCACCUUCGUCUUCUCCACCGGUUCUGACUUGUACGGAGGAGCUCGUCAUGUUCUCUCCUUGCCUUCCUUACGUCUCCUCUCCACCAAACAAUAUGUCAGAGACUCCGGAUCCUAUUUGCUGCUCGGUUUUUACCUCCUCCGUUCAUUCUAGCACCGGAAACUGUCUCUGUUAUCUUCUCCGGCAGCCGAUGAUCCUUGGAUUCCCGUUGGAUAGAUCUAGAUUGAUUUCUCUUUCUCAGAUCUGUACCGAUCAGAAUUCCGAAGAAUCUUUCGAAUCUCUCUGUUCGGUAUCAGAGUCGCCGGAGCUUCCUCCGCUUCAGAGUAUUCAGUUCACAAAUCCGUUUGUUUCCGGUAAUAAUGUUUCUGCCUCUCCUCAAUCAGUCGACUUAGCACCGGAAGUUUCACCAAGCUCCGAUCUAUUCUCACCGGAAACAGCCACCCUAGCACCACCACCACCACCACCACCACUACCAGUUCUACAAUACUUCUCAAGCGACUCUCUCAAGAUCAGAAACUUCUGGUUUCCAUCGACUAUCAUCAUGACUUUUGCCACUUCUAUUCUCGCUCGUAUCUGAA